ACCACUUCCGUUCUUUUUAGGUAAUCAUAACAAACAUGGCGACUUACAGACAGGUCGGCAGGUUGUUGGGUAUUUCAGCAAGGCUUACGCGUCCGCUUGUGGGCUGUGGAUAUCAGAAUGCCGGAUUACAUUGGCUUUCACACAACACUGGAAUCUCAAACAAAUGGCCACAAAACCCCCAUUGGGUUGUUCCAGCAAGGACCAUGUUUGUGCAGACACAGGACACACCGAAUCCAAACAGCCUAAAGUUUCUGCCAGGUCGCACAGUUCUUGAAUCAGGAACUAUGAAUUUUGCUGGCCCUCGGGACGCGUUCUGCUCACCCUUAGCCAGACAGUUAUUUAGGAUUGAUGGAGUCAAGAGUGUCUUCUUGGGCAGCGACUUUAUCACAAUAACAAAGUCUGAUUCAAGUAUGGAAUGGAAAGUAAUCAAACCUGAUGUAUUUGCUGCCAUCAUGGAUUUUUUCACCUCUGGGCUUCCUGUUGUCAAUGAGGACAGCAAACCUAGUGCAGAUACAGCACCGUCAGAAGAUGAUGAUGAAGUAGUUGCUAUGAUCAAAGAGCUGCUGGAUACUCGAAUAAGGCCAACAGUGCAGGAGGAUGGAGGUGAUGUCCUUUAUAGGGGGUUUGAGGACGGCAUCGUUAAACUGCAGCUGCAGGGCUCCUGCACCAGUUGUCCCAGUUCCAUUAUUACUUUGAAGAAUGGAAUCCAAAAUAUGCUGCAGUUUUAUGUCCCUGAGGUUGAAUCAGUGGAGCAGGUGAAGGAUGAGGAAGAGGAGAGAGAUGCUCAAGUCUGAACUACACUGAACUGCACUGAAACCAGAACCACAUUAACACAUUCCUCUCUCCCCCGGUCACCCAUUUUAAUGCAGGUCAUAGCUACAAUAAAUGAGCUGGUGUAUAUCACGCCUGUGUGAAAGACCUCCUCCUCACCACUAUUGUCAUUCACCCAGAUGUUAUUAGCGAUUUUGGUAGCUGUUUUCUGUACAAUGACAUUAUUUCAUAAAAUAUAGGACAGAUGAACCCAGCCACAGAAACUGAUGACUAUAAAGCUGAAAUUAAUUCUAUUUAUUAUUUCACACUGUAACACAUUUUCUCAGUCAGUCACUAGUCAAAUACAAUACAUAUACAAUACUGUAUGUAUGUAAAUAAAGUUUAUUGAAAUAUUUUA